AAUAUACACUUACCUGGUUUCCUUUUCUUCCAGCGAACUGGACUCUCAUGGCUACGGUAGAGGGAGAAGUUCCCAUCAAUAGAACAACGAAGAAGAGAAUAAGAAUAAGAGGAAACGUAGGAAAGGAACUGUUGCAGAUUCGGGUGCCGAAGAAGCUAAUAAAGGAGUUGAAGAUGGAGACGAAGGAGAAGAGACGAUAACAGCAUCAGAAGUAGAAAAACUGGUGAUCGCAGAGAAAAGCAAGCAAAAACCGACCGAGGAUAGAGAAUAUGGUAAUGCUGAGGAGGAGAAAGCUAAGUAUGAAACGGAGGGUAACAAUAAGAAGCAGAAGUUGCAGACACGAUUAGGUAUCAGGAAGAUAAUCCGGUUUUUUGAAGUGGGCAUCUCCAAGCCCACCAUGGAUGGCAUUAAGGAUUUGGAUUUGGAGAACAUGGAUGAGUUUCAAGUUAGAUCUAUCCCACCACUUUUAGAUGGAAAGGAUGUUUUUAGAGUUGUAGGGACGCAUUAUUCAGAGAAUGUUGGUUUUCUGGUACCAGCUGUUGAAUUGUUAUAUGAACAGUGUUUUACCCCUUCUGAUGGAACUGGUGUAGUUAUCAUUUGCCCAACAAGGAAGCUUGCUUCACAGGCACAUACUGUUGCCCAGAACCUUCUCAAGUACCACACACAAACUCUUGGGUUGGUUGGUGGUGGUGCAACUCGAAUGGAAGAAGCAGGAGACCUUGUGAAGGGUGUUAAUUUGUUAGUUGCAACCCCCAGGAGACUUCUUUACCAUCUUCAAAACACAAAGGGCUUCAUAUAUAAAAGCUUAAAGGCUGUUGCUGCUUCAUUUUUCUUACGGGAUCCUUAAAGACAGUAUCUGAGUACAGGUUGCACGUCAAGUCAAGAAAAGAAGUGCGUGAAUGGUCAAUGGGUUUUACCGAAAGCAGAGCUGCAGAAGCAGGAUUACAACUACAUGUAGUAAAAUACAUUUUACCCUUCUGUUGGCUACAAGUUAUUUUUUCUUGAAUUUUUAAGCGAUUAAUUUCUCCGAUAUAAACAUUAACCAUUAUUAAGCUAUAUAUUAAAAGGAUACCAACUAUGGUCGAGGUUUCAAGUGUCUCAAUAUGUAUUGGGCUUUGA